AUGAAAACGGAACAAUGUAAGCACUCUGACCAAGGUUCUGCACACAGUCAGGAGGAUCAUAGAGGACACCUAUUCUGCCGAUUCGGAACGAAAUAUAUCUGUAAGGCAUCGCAUCUGCGUCGUUUGCGGGAUAAAUUAGGAUUUCGGAGAACGACGACGAAGUAUUGCCACAUGAUUCGGGACGCCAACAAAGAGAAGAGAUUCGCCUUCUGCACGAGAAUGAUCGAGAAUAACGAAGACUUUAGUCAGUGUAUUUUCACAGAUGAGUCAACGAUCCAGAUCGACUGCUCUGUCAAACACUGUUAUGUGAAAGAAGGUGACUACUUCUCUCGACUUCGUUUGAGGGCCAAGCACCCAGCGAAGCUUCACCUCUGGGGUGGAAUAUCUAUGAGAGGUGCGACGGAACUUGCAAUAUUUCCCCGGUGA